GCGUCAACCACAAGGGAAUCACCACAACGCUUCACCUCGCUCACCCGACCUCUGUCCCCUUCCAUUCCACUCUCACUUCAACUUCAACUCGACACAUCGCAUCAGUACUUAACUCACCAAACGUUGCGCCUUAUUCUUGAAGUACAAUAAUCACGGUUUUCUAUUCCAAAAAAAAAAGGACAUACUAUCGUUUACCAUGGAGAAGAGCGAAAAACAGGCCGCCGCUCAACAAGCGGUAGACAUUCUUCAUGAGAUUUCCACCAUCCUGAACUGUCAGCUCGACCGCAGAACGCUAUCCAUCUGCAUUUCCAUGAUUGAAAAUGGCGUAAAGCCCGAGGCGCUGGCUGAGGUGAUCCAAAAGCUUCGCGUGGAAUCCCGCGUCAUCCAAGCGGACAUCGAGGCCGCCGCGGCCACCCCCAGUGCAGCUCGCCGAAAAUAGAUGAUCGGCGGGGAGAGGGUUUUACUCGGUUCUCAGAAGCGUGAACCGUCAAAUGAGGAAGACGACCAAGAGCAGCUGGAUAUCGACUUAACUUCCGACGGCAAAAAUCAGCGUUAUCAACCCGCGCCGAACGACACCAUCUCGCGGUACCAUCUAAAUCACAUUGUUUACACUCUUCGAUGGGUGAUUAUGGCGUUCAAGAAGCUGAAGACAAAGUAUCCGCCAUUGUGCCUCUCUGACAGCAAGAUGGACCAGAUUGCGGCGGACUUGAUUCGCCGACUACACGUGCUAUUGAGAAGGGAGGAGCUCCGCUCCGAAAUGAGUCGUGGUCGCAGGGUAUCAAGAAACCUCACAGAAGCCGGGAGAAACGGUGGUUUGCCGUUGGGAUUGAGAAGGGCCAGGAGGGCCCAAAGCGCACCGGACCGGACAGAGAGGAUCAAGUUUUACCAGGAGAUGCUGCGAUUCGUGAGAGAGCCACCCAUGAUCUCGACGUCGUUGCAGCCAAGCCCCGCGGAAAGUUGGGACCAUGAUCGCUUCUUGAAAGACUGGAGCCAGAGGGGAGAAGAGGAGGAAACGGAUGAUACAAAGGAACUCUGUGAAACAUACGGAGGGGAGGUGAACCAAGACUCGCGAGAGGAAGAUCAACAGGCACCGGCGGAAACGGAGGUAAUAGAAGUCUGCAAACCAGGAGAUGGCGAGGAAAACGCCAAAGAUGAUUCGGAACAGGAACAGGCACCGGUGGUGACAACGGAGGUCAUUGAAGUACAAUCAUCCAGUGGAAGCAACAGCCCCGACGACGGCAACGAACAACUACGCCACCACAUGUGAUAUGAAGGCUAAAAAAAAUAAUAAAGAAGCCAGUGGGAAGAAUAGAGGCCACAAACAUGUCCAACACUAGAAGAAACUCACCUCCGAGUUCGAUUCGAGCGACGGCGAGGCAUACCUCUACGACGACCAAUGAUUAUGCGGGUUGAAUGCUUCACACGGUUCACGAACAAUCACCAUGAUGGAACCCAGAUCGAUGAAAUGUAUCAGAUCAGCCAUCUGAAGACGUGGAAAAGAUGGAUUCAGCGACUGUUUUCAGUUUGUUCUUCGCAUAGUCAUCGACGAUACAAAAGACAGCGACAUAAAAUCAAGACAGUGUUCUUUUUUCCUAUAGUUCUCUCAGUAGCAGUUAGAUCUGGCUCCAACUAAACUAGAACAUGUCGUCAUUGUCCCUUGC